CUCUAGCUAAGCACUUCUGGCUACGGCGAGUCUACGAAUGAAAGUCUACAUUCUCCACAAUUUGAAGUUGUGUCAUUGAUUUGAAUGGUUGGUGAUGUUGAGUACUUGAAUUGACUAUUUGGAUCUAUGGUUUGGUUCUAGGAGGAAGACAUGAGAUUAUGUGAUGGAACGGCGAAGGUGGAUGCGGGGGCAAUGGCUGAGCUGCACCAGUCUCACCUGAGCGGCUUUGGAUUGCUGAUGGUAAUCACCAGCGAAAAGGCCUGCCAGUCCCAGAUUGAGUUGAGGCUAAGUCCUUUGGUCUCGGAUUUCAAUGUGAGGACAAAGCAGGUCUGGAGCUACUUCUUUGCAUGGCUCAUCUUUGGUCAUAAUGAGCCAUACAACCUUUGUCUCCCAUUAAACUCCAGAGCUGGCUGGAUCCGGCAUAAUAAUAUCCCUCAAUCUGUCGGAGUCUCUUGGCUCAUGGCACGGAGUUCAAUUCCUCGCUGUAAGCAGGACGAAAUAUGGCCUACUCCGUGCAGAGAAUCAAGAUUCACCUCACAUUCGGUAUCUCGGUGCCAGAGUCAACUCCGUGUACUUUCUCCUCUAGGUCCUUCAUCUAACAUCCUCAAUUCCCCAGCACUUCAGGGCCAAUCAGAAGAAUUAAAAACCACAAACUUGAGCUCAUUGACUGCAAUCGUAUUUCCAAUCUCUUCGUGAUUCUUGUCUUACCGUAAUGUGACUCCUUCAAUACCUGCUGCGCCUACAUUCCCGAAAAUUACCAAUGUGUGGGCAAAAAUUGCCACGCUCGCUUAGCCGUUUUAGACCGGAAUUCUGCUGAACAAUCAACUCCGAUCAUCAAGCAAAACCUCGACACCGACCAGAGGUUCUCUUCCUCGCAACAACAAAUUAUCAACUCAAGUCCGCCUCGAAAUACCGUCAAGAUGGCACGUCGUCCUGCGAGAUGUUACCGUUACUGCAAGAACAAGGUGCGUGCGACAGUUUCUGCGUGUUGAUGACGAUUUCGUUCGCGAGUGGGAUGGAGAUGACGAUCGCCACGACGAGGUCUUGACAGAUUCGACGAGGAAGCUGAGGGCAUCUCGAGCU